CCGUGGCAGACCCCUGCUGCUCGGCCGAUUGCUAAGGCUGCGUGUCUCGGGUCUCAGCCACAACAUGGCUUCCAACCUGAAGUCAGCCAAGAAAUUGAUGGUUUUCUUAGGAAAAUCAAUGAUUGCUUUUCUGGAGACGAUGAUUUUCAUCAUCAUCCCCAGACCACGGAAGAACGUUGCUGGUGAAAUCGUGCUCAUCACUGGCUCUGGGAGCGGACUGGGAAGGUUCUUGGCCCUCAAAUUUGCCCACCUUGGAUCCGUGCUGGUUCUCUGGGAUAUCAACGAGGAGGGGAACGAGGACACGUGCAGGAUGGUGCGGGAAGCUGGGGCCCCAAGAGUUUAUGCCUACACCUGUGACUGCAGCCAAAAGGAAAACGUAUACAGAGUGGCCGAGCAGGUUAAAAAAGAAGUUGGCGAUGUCUCCAUCCUAAUCAACAAUGCUGGAAUUGUGACAGGCAAAAGUUUCCUCGACUGCCCAGAUGAGCUGUUGGAAAAGGCUUUCGAUGUGAAUUUCAAAGCACAUUUAUGGACUUAUAAAUCCUUUCUACCUGCUAUGAUCGCUAAUGAGCAUGGACAUUUGGUUUGCAUUUCAAGUUUAGCUGGAUUAACUGGAAUAAAUAAACUGGCAGAUUACUGUGCAAGUAAAUUUGCAGCCUUCGGAUUUGCUGAAUCUGUAUUUAUAGAAACAAUGGCCCAGAAACUAAAGGGGAUAAAAACCACUAUUGUGUGCCCAUUUUUAAUGAAAACUGGAAUGUUUGAAGGUUGUUCUACUGUGUAA